GGUUCACACAUCUAUCUGUUGUUCCUGCUGAUGGCCAUGUGUCACGACAUCAGGCCACUGUGUGAAGGUCUGUUGAGGUUGGAUGAAGAAGCGGACAACAGCGUCUCCAUGAUCAGUCACUCUGAGCAUUUAAAGGCACAGCUGGAGGCUCUACUGCUGCAUGGGAACAGCAGCGAUGUGUCUCUGCGUGUGGAGACCACAGAUGGGGAUGAGGUGAAGGUGAUUCAAGCCCACACGCUCAUGCUGUCUCUGCAGAGCCAUACCUUCCAGAAGCUGCUUGAGAAGAGGAGUGGGAGCACGCUGGUGCUGAGAGAGAGUCCAGAGUGCAUUGCUGUUUUCGAGAAGUUUAUCAGGUAUUUGUACUGUGGUGAACUGCAUUUCCGCUUGGAUGAAACCACCGCUUUGCAUGAGCUGGCCACCAAAUACGGUGUCUCAGUUCUCCAGCAUGGCCUGACUGAAUACAUGAUCCAGAAUCUGGCCAGCGCUUCUCUGAGUGGUCAUGUGGUGUGCUGGUAUGAGUAUGCGACCGCUGAGGGUGACUCCAGCCUUCGUGCCAGCUGCAUGCAGUUCCUGUUGCGGAAUGUAACGUCAGUGUUGCGGAGCUCACAGUGGCCAUCAGUCAGCUCCCAGCUUCUGAUGUUGCUCCUGCAGCAUUCUGAUCUGGUCCUGCACAGUGAGCUCGAGCUGUUUAAGGCCCUCGAGAUGUGGCUGAUGCACAACGAGCCAGACAACAUGACUGUGGAAAAUGUGUUGCGUGCAGUGCGUUACCCGAUGAUCCCACCACGGGAGCUGUUCCGCUUGCAGCGUGAGUCGCUGGUGCUCUUGCGCUACUACGAGUCAGUGCGUGAUCUCCUGUACAUGGCCUACCAGUUCCAUGCAGCACCUCCACUACAGCUUGCCAAGUUUUUCGACAUGAACUGCAGCCUGUUCAUCCCACGCAACUACUUAGCGCCAGCAUGGGGCAGCACUUGGCUCAUUAACAAUCCAGCACGUGACGAUCGCACAGCUACUUUCCACACACAGCUGGGCCCAAGUGCGCAUGACUCCAAGAAACAUGUGAUUUGGAAUGCACUGUUUUCACCACGCUCACGCUCUGACGGUAACCCACGUAUUGUAAUCACACCUGCCUCCUCCAGCCCCGAUUUUGCAGGUGUUAUCUUCCAGAAGACGGUGAUCGUGUGUGUGCGGGAGCAGGGCCUGCUGGUGGUGCGCCGUGUCUACAACUUCUACCAAAGCACAGAAGAGAAUGGGGACUUCCUGACUGACGACGACCUACAAGUGAGCACUUCUGAGUAUUUGGUGAGCGGCUGGCUGCACCUGCACGUCAUCAUCAAACCUGUCUAUCAGACGCUUAUCUCCACAAAAAUAAAAUAAAAACACAGUUUCCAGUCAAUACAGAAAAUACAGG